CUAAUCUAUUAAACAUUAAUGUAUAUAUAGAUUACCCAUUAUCUAAUCGUCACUUACCUUACUCCCCCAAGCCGCCAAUUUAUCCCCUAUUCCCCCCAAAACAGAAACUCUACAUCUUCGGUUGGAAUAUCAAUCGUCUCCAAUUUUUUGGUAUUUUCUUGCAAAUUAUCAUUUAUUAUCUUUUUAUUUAUCAAACGUAUCCCCGUACCCGUGUCCUAAUUCCGGAUCCUUUUUAGCCGUGUCCACGUAUCCUAAAUUUAGAAAAAUUAAGAGUCUGACACAUAUCCCCGCACCCGUGUCCGACACCCGCACCCGAGUCCGAGCAACAUAGAUGGCUCCAAAUACAUUGCUUAAAAUGAUGAUUUUGAAUAAAGUGAAACGAGGAAACAGUUGUGGUUGAGGUGUCUGUAAAGAAUUAGAAGGUGAAACAAGGGACCGAUGAAGAAGGAAUGAGAUGCCAAUAAUAUGCAACAAGAAUCGAAACCAUUUAUUCCUCCCCCUCUUGUUAUAUCUACGCUGCAUAUGAGCCCACACUGCACCUCGUCAACCAGCAAAAACGACACGAGCCAGCCAUGGCGGCCGCCCCCGCCCUCGUCUCCUACAUGCAGUUCAAGCCUCACAUGCUCAUGGUUCUGGCUCAGAUAGCCUACACUUUCAUGUACAUCAUCACAGAGGCUUCCUUCAACCACGGCAUGAACCCUUCCGUCUAUGUCACGUACAGACACAUUGUUGCAGGCCUCGUUAUGCUGCCCUUCGCCUAUUUCAUGGAGAGAAAAGCUAGGCCGAAGCUCACCAGGGCUAUAUUCCUUGAGAUCUUUGUACUUUCUCUUCUCGGGGUGAGCUUGACUCUGAACAUGUAUUUCACAAGCUUGAAAUACACAUCUCCAACACUGCUGGCAUGCAUGGUUAACACUAUAGCUUCCUUGACAUUCAUACUAGCAGUUAUACUCAGAUUGGAGGUUGCAAGCAUUCGUAGCCCUCGUGGGAUGGCGAAAAUCGUGGGGACAGGGGUGUCGUUGGCUGGUGUGAUGACGAUGACAUUGUACAAGGGGUUUGCACUGAGAGAAAUAGGCCAUGGAUUCAUUCAUGUAAAUGGGAGCACAGGAGUUGUGCAAGAGAAUUGGUUGAAGGGUUCACUUCUUACAGUUGCAAGCUGCAUAACAUGGUCCAUUUGGUACAUCAUGCAGGCGUAUACUUUGAAGCGAUAUCCAGCGCAGCUAUCUCUAACUACAUGGAUGAAUCUUGUUGGAGCAGCGCAGUCUGCUGCGUACACGAUCAUCGUGGAACACAAACAAUCUGCAUGGACUAUAGGGUUCAAUAUUGAUCUCUGGUCUACCUUAUAUGGUGGAGUAGUGAUUUCGGGGAUGGUGACCUACGUGCAGCUGUGGUGCAUGGAGGUGAAGGGACCGGUAUUCGUGACACUCUUUAACCCCCUCUCGACACUGCUAGUCGCGGCUCUGUCGUAUUUUGUUCUUGGAGAGAAGCUAUAUAUUGGAAGCAUAAUAGGAGGUGUUGUUGUAGUUAUUGGGCUCUAUUUGCUCUUGUGGGGUAAACAACAUGAUGAAUCACAAAGGAAAGAGGCUGAAGAUUCCAAGGCACCAAUCUUCUCCCAAGAUGGAAACUUCUUGAAUGGAGAAGCUUAGAUGAAAACAAAAGAAAACUACAGCAACAAGAAUGAUGAAAAAUAGUUCAAAGAUUUGAGUUAUCAUGGUUGUUUAUUAAUUCAAGGAAAUGACAAAAUCGUGUUGUGUU